AUGUUAAUUCCAAAUACAUAUCUUUAUCACACGGCAGCAUUGACAAUGGUUAUUUUUGGAUUUUACGUAUUUUCAAAAGGUGUUAAAACAAACGAAUUUAAGGUAUUACCCGAUGGCACACUCAUUGAUUCAUCUUCGAGUCAAUUUAUUAAUUUUAGACAAUCAAAAGCGAUAUUAACGUUUAAAACUGGAUUCGAUUUGUAUCACACUAUCGCCUACGGAUUAUCAACUGGAGAAAUUGUUACGGAUUUAAGCGAUUUCUGUUUGGCCGCUUUUGUUUUUUCAUUUUACGUUAACGGUUUAUCCGGAGCUCUUUACGGAUUCGUUUAUUUAUGCUUGUUAAUAUUUGAAAUUAUUAUUUGGUCUGGAACGUGUAAAUUUCACGAAACGUGCAGGAUAGAAUCGAAAAAGAAGAAAUUAAUGAAAAAGAAAUAUAUAUGCGAUAAUCAAAAUAAUCAAAAUAAAAAUAAAAUUAGUUAG